GGGGAUGUGGGGAGGGAGGGGAGGAUGCUCCCGGCCGCCCGGUUGGCACCUUGCGGGUGAUGAGGAGUGGCUCUUCCUUAUCAACCACGAGGCUCGGCAGCCGCUCCUCGACUCGACAGCGGAGGGGCGCGGGUGGACUGACGGCCGCGCUCCUCCGCAGCUGGACAUGGACAAGCGUGGCACACGUGGCUCGGGGGUGGCCAGCAGUGGGAUCCCCAGCGCCCGAGGGGUGCUGGCACCAGUCUGGCCAGCGCGCUGUGCCCGGCUCGGCAGUACCAGAAAUUGCCCUUGCAGAAUGAGCCAGCUUCCUCCAAAGAGUCCUUUGCCAUCCCCGGUGUCAGAGGGCACGAAUUCCAGGGUAGAGUCUUUGGACAACUUGUCAAUGGACAGUUUUUGGCUGGAAGUAGAGAACAUUAAACAGAGCACUGAAGGCGAACAAGAGGAAUGCAGCCUUGCAGAUGUCAAAACACAGGAGGAGGGGGAAGCUGAGGCUGAGUGGCUUCAGGACGCGGGUCUGUCUGACCUCCUCGGGGACGGUGCCUCGGAGAAGGACAACAUCGUGCUGCUCUCCACCCUGACCAGGACCCAGGCUGCUGCUGUGCAGCGGCGGUUGGAUACCUACUCCCGGUCUCGGAGGAGGAAGAACAAGCAUCCUGUGCGUGAUGUCCGAGACAUUUUUGGGGUGGUCAGUUCUGAGGAGACAGCAGCAAAAAAAGAGGAGUCCAGCCCGGAUCAGUUGUGGCACAAUCUACGGACUUCAAAUGUACAAAGAACAGAAACUCAGGAUUACUCCUUCACAGUUCGAAAUCCUGGAAAAGAGGAGAUGUUCAACAUGGAUGUUGCCUACUCAGAGCAAGCAGCUGUCCUGCUCAAGGGAUCAUUCCUGUCUGAAUCUAGGAAGUUAAAUGAUGGAAGUGCCCUAACUAAAUUUAAGAUCCCUAAGGGCAGACUAGGAGUGACCAGGAUUGGAGAUUUAUCUGCUCAAGACAUGAAGAAGAUCCCCACACUGGCACUUAUUGAACUAACAGCGCUCUGUGAUAUUUUGGGCUUUGAGCUGAAGAGAAACAAAGCAGCAAAACUGAAAACAGCAGAGAAAAGACUCUUUGGAGUUCCACUCAACACUCUGUUGGAAAAUGACCAAAAACUGCUCCCCAACACCAAGGUCCCUCUCUUACUGCAGUCACUGCUGUCCUGCCUGGAAAAGAGAGGACUUGAAACAGAGGGCAUUUUGAGAGUUUCUGGGUCCCAGACCAGAAUCAAGAGUCUGGAACAGAAGCUAGAAAAAGACUUCUAUACUGGCCUUUUCCGCUGGGAUGAAGUCCAUCAGAACGAUGUGUCUGGGCUGCUGAAAAGAUUCAUAAGAGAGCUGCCAGCCCCACUGCUGACAGCAGAGUACCUCCCUGCUUUUGCUGCUGUACAAAAUAUUCCAGACCUGAAGCAAAGGUUGCAAGCUCUAAACCUCCUGAUCCUGAUCCUGCCAGAGCCUAACAGAAACACUCUAAAGGCUCUACUUGAGUUUCUCAGCAAAGUGGUCGCCAAGGAAAACAACAACAAAAUGAACCUCUGGAACGUUUCCACAGUCAUGGCCCCGAACCUCUUCAUGCACAAGGGGCUGCCAAACAAGAUCCCCGAAGGAAAGGAGAAACAGCUGGCAGAGGGGGCAGCUGAUGUUGUGCGGAUGAUGAUCCAUUACCAGGAUUUGCUCUGGACAGUCUCCUCUUUUCUGGUGGCUCAAGUGAGGAAGCUGAAUGAGAGCAAUAGCAAAAGGUACCAGUUCUGUGACAAGCGAAUUAAAAAUUUGUUGCGGAAGAUUCAUGCUGAUAAAGACAAGGUGGAAAAGAACCAGGCAGAGCCUUCCAAGAUUGUGAAAGUCCACGCUUCGCUUCUCCUGAAGGAUUCUCUAGAGGUGCAUUUGAACAAUGCAACCAGAGUUGCUGAUGUCUUGAGGCAGUUUCAGAAGAACCUGUGCCAGAAUGGCUGGAAUAUUGUUAACACUGUCAACCUCCUCAAGUGCAACAACUCAAUGGAGUGCACAAACCUGCUCCUCUAUGAAGUGGGAGGCAAUAUUGGUGAACAUUGCCUGGACCCAGACACUUACCUCUUAGACUUGUACCACAUCAAUCCCCAUGCUGAGUGGAUAAUUAAGCAAAACCCCUCUCAUCCUCGGAUGUUCUAAGGAAAGCAUGAACAAAAUAAAGGAUUUGAUUUGAAGUUUUUGGAAGGCAUGGAAAAGCUAUAGAGGUGUUCUAGGAUAGUCACAGACUGGACAGUGCUUGUGUCUUCGACGGAGAAACAGCUUUACAUACAACUGCCAUGACAGCUGGCUGUGAGCACUCACCAGCCUACAUGCUAACAGGGGUGUUGAUACAAGCAGCAAUUAUCACUAUGUAGCAGAAUUUGUAGGGGGUAUGAUGAUUCUUAGACAAAGUAACCCCUAAAACAAACCCUGCAAACAAAGCUGCAGUGACUGUGCAGCAAAGACAGAAUGUAAGAGAAGAAACAUUUUCUUGAAGAUGGUAGAAGACAUCUGUUUCUUCUGGAUUUGCUCUUUCUUUUGAUCACAUGCACAUUUUGGAGGAGUCAAAUGCUGCAGUGGUACUAAUGACAUCCCUUUGGGAAGAUCCACUGUUGGGUGUUGCACAUCAUCAGAAGUUGUGAUCCCGGGUUUCACUGAUGAGAUACUGUUACGUUCUUUGAAGAAUUAAAAAGGAUGCUUCCAAAAGGGCCAGAUGGGAUUUGAGGCCAAUGUCCUGUAUUUAAUGUCUGCAGUUAAAUACAUAUAUGCAACACAAGAAAAUAACUUUCCUUGGAAAAAAGUAUGGGAUGAAGAGCAGCCUUUCAAAUGUACAGUGUGAUCAGAGAGAUGCCUGUCCCGUACAGCUCUGCUGGCAAUGCAGAAACAAAUGAACGAGUUGCCAUUGAUGAGGGUAUAGCAUGCAUUUAUUUUCUGGACAACCUGUAUACAGGACAUAUAUUGGACAACAGAUAACCAAGGAAAUAUUCUGAAGUUAAUUUGAGGUUACUAAUCUGACCUGGCCACAUGAACUAAACUGACUUUUGGAAGGCUCUGUGUGAACAUGUCUGUUUAAAACAACAAAGCAAAAAUCCCCCAAGAUGUGCAGUGGCUGAAAUAAGAGUUCCGUGCCUGUGUCCGGUCACACAGCGGUACUGAACCGAGCCUUUACUGCUCUGACUGCACGCUUUCAUCCCACACAGCACCGUGUGAUUGCUGUGGUCUGGAGAGACGAGGGUAGAGCAGAGCGCUUGCGCCUCACAUCGCUGCCUAAUCGUCAUACGACCUCGGCUCAAAUGAGACUGCCCUUGUAGAAGAGGAGUGCAGAAGUACUUUUUUACUUUGUGGUGAUGCUGAAAUACCUCACAUGAGGGAACCUACUAUGCAGUUACAGGGGAUGGAACACGCAUCAUUUCUGAAAAUCCUGACAUCUUUUUUUAUAUACUGUUUAAAAACACUGUUGGAUAUUUAUUCAUGUGGCAGAAGCAGGGCUGCCCUGCAAGUGUAUACUCAAAGUAUUUAAUUUGCUAAAUCCUAGCUGCACUAGUGACAAUCUCCAGUAUUAUUUCUUCUGUUAAAUGAAUUUGUUUCCAUUACAGUCUGAACUUUCCCUCCUCUGCUUUUUUUUUCCCUGGUCUGGUGUGUAGCUAUCCCUAUUCAUUAUCUAAAAGUCCUCCUUUCUGUUGUAAGGGCACUUCAUUCUGUGGUUUGGCUGCCUGUGUGGUUAAAUUCUCUUGGUGGUUAAGAUCCUUGAGGAACAGGUGAGCCAUAAUCCAUAUUCCUACUAACUUGUUGUGAAUACUGUGUGUGGUGCUGGUGUCUUGAAAUGAUGCAUAUAUUAGAGAGUGUCUUCUGAUGUCGGUUGAAGUGAUGCAGAUGCACUGACUGGAGGGAUCAUAGCUGUCUUUUUAAGAACCUGUAAUAGAAACUUGCAAAAAACCCACCUCCCAACCCUGACCCAGAACCCUAAUGUCAAGACUUCUUGAAGUACCUCUGUUUUAUAGGGCUUAAAUUGUGCCUAAAAAGCCCUGAUUCUUGUCUUUGAGGAUGCAUGAUUUGUGUCUCUUGAAAGAUCAGGCUGCUUUAAAAUUGGGCAUUAAAAAAAUCAAUGGUACCUAUUUAUUCAUCACUUCUGGAAAUGUUGUAGUGACGGAGCUUAGCAAAGAGCAAAUGCCAGAGAUAUGAUAUCCUGACAGAUGCCUAACACAUAAAGGUAUCUGUAGGAGAGAUGACUCUUCCUGCUCAAAGAUGCUGUGUAAGCUAAAUUGCAUCCCUGCAAAUCAUAUAAUGCUGCAUUUUUUUCCACUCCUCAUAUGCUGGAUGCUUUAUUAAAAAUACUGCCUUCCAUACGUACAAGGGGCAAACACUACAUCACUACUGUAGCAAACAAAUGAGUGGGUUUUUUUGAACAACAAUCAAUGUGAAUCAGUGCUGUGAAAAACAAAGUUGGUGGGAGAUUCUCAUGAGACAUAAAUAUCAGUUCUCAAAUAUGAAAGGAAAUUUUUAAAAAAGACACCAAAACAUCUCUUUCCAGAUGAUGAAUAUUCUUUUUUAUUUUUCUUUUCUAUCUGUACCAGAAAGUAAGUAUGAAUUUUUCAGUCACUGAUGUGCAACUUACUUUUGAAUACUGGCUUUUAAUAACUUUUUUUACAAAUUUUUAA